AUGACGCGCCGGAUUUGCUGUGGUCUAUUGGUAUACAGUCUGGUCUGGAGAGAUCAAGACCUCGGUCCGAGCCGGCUCCUCGUUCAACGUAUCCUGGCAUCUGGGUACCCCCACCAGGGCGGCUACAAGCUGGAGCUGCUCGACGCCAACGAGAAGGUCAAGAUGACGCUCACCACCGACGCCGACGAGAAGGGCUACAACGCCCUGGACACCACCGCCCAGACCCAGAGGGUGACCAUGCCGGAGGGGGUUGAGUGCCUCGACUGCUCCAUCCGCCUGAUGCGCCAGGCCAGGGAGUUCGGCGACAAGUACCAGUUCUGGAGCUGCGCCGACGUCGACAUCAUUGGGAACGACUAUCGGGAGGACUGCAACGGCCAUGGGCGCGCCUCGUUCGGCCGGUGCCGCUGCGACCGCCGCUCCUAUGGCGAACGCUGCCAAUUCUCGAAUGAAUGUGAGCAAGACUCACAUUGCGGGACGUACGGCAAAUGCAUAGACCUCGCUGCUACCACCUACCCGAAGAAGCAGUGCUUCUGCAGGCUGGGCUUCUUUGGAAAGGAUUGCGCUCAGAGGAACCCGGCGGGCAUGCGCAAGAAGAUCACCAACUUCGGCCUGUACCAGAAGCGGGAGAUGUCACCCGAGUACACGUUGUACUGGCGCGUGCUGCCCGAAGUCUCAGAGAUCGAGAUGGUGAUGCAGGUGCGCGGCGUCAGCUACGCCGCCGUCGGCUGGCGGCCCGGCAGCCUGGACGCCUCGUGCAAGCGGUUCCCGCAGCGAGCCCGAGCCCAGCAGUGA